AUGUUGUUCAACUACAAGUCUUUGCUCGUGGGGGUCUCCUUGAUCUCUCAAGCCUUCUCUGCACCUGCUGCUGCACCUGCUGCUUUGGAGGCGAGGUCAAGCCUUGACCCCGGUGCUUUCGAUGAUCUGCAACGCGCAGCGAAGCUUUCUUCUGCUGCCUACAGCGGUUGCAUCGGAAAAGCCUUCGAUAUCACUAUUACCAAGACAAUUCGUGAUGUCCUGACCGACACCAAUGGAUUCGUUGGAGUAUCCAAUGAGCGGAAGACCAUCGCGGUCAUCAUGAGGGGCUCGACUACCAUCGCCGACAUCUUGAAUGACAUUGAUACCAGUCUUGUCACUCCCAAGCUCUCGGGCGUGAACUUCCCUGGCGAUGUGAAGAUCAUGAGAGGUCUUAACCGACCUUGGUCCGCCGUACACGACGAGAUCAUUGCUGAGGUCAAGUCCCUCGUUGCCAAAUAUCCUGAUUACACUUUGGAAGCAGCCGGACACUCCCUCGGCGGUGCCCUCACCUACAUGUCCCACGUUGCACUGUCGCAAAACUUCCCCGGCAAGGCACUCCGAAGCAAUGCACUUGCUGCCUUCCCCAUCGGAAACGCAGCCUGGGCCAACUGGGCUGGUUCCCUUCCUGGAACUUUGAUCCGUGGAAACAACGUUGCUGAUGGUGUUCCUAACAUGUACGUGAGCGGGCUUUUCAACUUCAAGCACUACGGAACCGAAUACUACAGCGCCGGCUUGAGCGCCACCUGCCGCAAGUGCGAAGGCCAGCGAGACCUGACUUGCUCUGCCGGCAACCUUAUGUGGAGUGUCACUCCCGGUCACUUCCAGAGCUUCGGUGUUAUCAUGAUGGCUGCUGGAUGUGGCCUUCUCGGAUGA